CAGGCCCGGAUCCCUUUUGCCUAUGGAGCAUGUGGUGGUCCCAGGCCCCAGGCCUGGGGCCCCAGCAGGGGCCACUGAGAAUGUUGUGCAACCAGCCGAGGACUGGCUGCCAGGUGUUCUUGGGGGCAUCCCAGCAUGGGCCACUAGCCUUGACGCAGAGCUUCCAUCAGAUCUAGAGUUGAGCGAGGAGCAGCGGCUGCAGCUCUCCAAGGAGCUGGUCGACCUUCAGAUCACCACCCACUGCCUGCAGGAGCAGCACGAGGCUGAAAUCUUCGAGCUGAAGAAUGAGGUCCUUCGGCUAGAGAGCCGGGUGCUGGAGCUGGAGCUGCAUGGAGAUCAUGCCAACCGGGGACGUGUAGCCCUCAAAGAGGCAGACACAGGGCACCACCAGGCACGACCCUUGUGCACCCCACAGCUGCUGGGGGGCCAGGAGCAGCUGCAGGAGAAAGUAAAGCAGGCGCUGGAGCAUCAUAGGGCCUGGCAGCAGGCACUGGAGACAUGCGUGGCAGCAUUGGGCCGGCAGCUGCAGGGAGCCCAAGAAGAGGCCAGGGCUGCCGGGCAGCGACUGGCUGCACAAGCUGUGGUGCUUUCCACCUGCCAGGGCCAGCUCCGCCAGACUGAGGCCGAGAACGCCCGGCUGCAGCUGCAGCUCAAGAAGCUGAAUGAGGAGCAUGCUGUCCGGCUGCAGCGCUGUGCCCAAGAGGCGGUGGAGCAUGCCGAUGGUGCGGGCCAGGUGCCUGCAGCUGCAGCUCUUCGGACGUUCCUGGAGACCACUCUGGAGGACAUCAGGGCAGCGCACCGCAGCCGUGAGCAACAGCUGGCCCGGGCCGCUCGCACUUACCGCAAGCGUCUGGCUGAUCUGAGCCGCAGGCAUGAGGAGCUGCUAGCCUCCCACAGGACCCCGAAGGCUACGUUUGAUGCAGCCACCUUGGACCUGAAGCCACUGCCCGUGAACCUGGUCACUGACCUCAUCCACCUGUGGGAGGAUCCGCACAGUGGGCUUGGGAAACUGCUCCUGUCCCCACAGAAGGGACCUGGUGAAACCUCCCAGGGGGGAACAUCGGAGCCACAAGGCCUGGACACUGCAUUCUGGGCCCAGAUCUGCCAGAAGCUCCAGGACUUCUCUCGUGGCACCCAGGCAGAGCUGGAACAGGAGUGGGCUCAGCUGCUGGUCCGGGCUACAGUGGCUGAGGAGCAGCUUUCUGAGCUACAGGAGUAUGUGGACCAGCACCUGGGCAGGUACAAGCAGGAAAUCCUGAGGCUGAGGAAGCUGGUGGGUGCAGGGGAACCUUGGAAAGUGGGGGCCACACUUCCAGCCAAGCUCCGGCGUCCAAGGACCCGCAGCCGCUAGCUGGUCUUCCAAGGAGCACAGAGCAGACCUCUGCAGAGCCCACCCCUGUGGAAGUCGUCCCACACAGGCCUCCAUGAAACAAGAGUCAGGAUGGAA